AAAGAAGUUUCUCUAAGGUAUACGUGUGGGGAAAACCGUUUUAGUAGAGACGGCACAUGCAACGAGACGACACAUGCAACAAAGUGAUCACACGUUCAAGACCGCCAAAUGCUGUGGCACUUUUUCUGCGAGAUCACUGUGCUCACAUCGACAAUUUUGACUGUUGCGAAAUGUUCAAGCUGCGAAGACAAUCAGAAAGCUACUUAUUGUACGAGAAGCCAAAUUGUGCGUCAAGCUAUGUGCCCCAAGACCAAGCAUUGGACAUGCACGGUCGGUUCAUGGAGCUGCGCAUGCCAAGACAAGCUGUACAGGAGCAAAGACGGAGCCUGCGUUCUUUUAAAACACUGCGAUCCUGGGUACCGGACACCAAAACCAAAGACUACCAAAUUCCCUAAAGGCACCUACAUUCCCGGAUCAGCCAUAAAGGUUCUACAAAGCAAGAAACGACUUGUGGAAGUUCUUGCUACGAAGGAACGAAUCUUUGACCCCAAAUGUUUUUGUAUGGAUUCUGACUAUUACACCGAUUUUCCGCCAAGAAACGUUGUACGCACAGUGUCGUGCAGAAAGUUCGUUUCGUUCGGGAAUUUUGCCGAUGCUCUAAUAAAAUUUAAGGAGAAGAUUUUGUUCGAGUUAACCAUGGAAAAUGACACCACAACACUUCUUCUCAGAAGAUACAGAAAAGGUGCAACAACGUUGCCAUUUGGUCUUCCAAGUAAGGUCCAUGUACUAUAUGCCGAUGGCUUUUGCAUUGUGCUCAAGACUCCCGUAAGAAAAGGUCCACCAAAGUGCUCACUCUGGGGGCCAGACAACGCCAAAGGCAUAGACGAGAGCGUCUGCUUCGAUACCUUCUACAGAGAAUGCCCGGACGGGUGGACUAUUCCGUAUCUCGAAAAUCGCGAUCGCUGUAAACUGCACGACAAGUUAGCAGACGAACAUGGCAAAAAAGGGGGACAAUAA